GGAAGGGCUUGCACUCCCGCUCCCACAAUGCACGGCGCGCCCACCGAAAGCCGUGUGAGGAAGCGUUGCCGUAUCACGUGACGAAGACGUCACUUCCGUAAACACUCUCGGAAACCGAUGAAACGGGGAGCUGCGCAGAAAGUAGAACUGGAAAGCACCUGGGGUCUCACGUGACGAACACGUCACUUCCGUAAACACUCUAGGAAACCGAUGAAACAGGAAGCUGCGCAGAUAAGAAAUUAGUCUGAGCGCAAUAGUUAACCAGCGGAAAUGGAAGAAAGGAAAAUCAAGAGGAGGAGCCCCAAAUCAUCCAGUAGUCACCUGACUCAGGUUGUUAAUGCCAAGAAAAAUUCUGUGCCAGUCAGUAAAAGUACAGCAUUUUCAAAUCCUGCACCACAAACAAAUUCACAAAAACCAAAGUUAAAAAGAGGAAUAAAAGAAAAAGCCAAACCUCCAGGAGGGGAAGGAAAAGGGGCACAGGCAGCGCCAAUACAGCACUCUUUUCUCACAGAUGUAUCGGAUGUUCAGGAGAUGGAGAGGGGACUUCUGAGCCUUCUAAAUGAUUUCCACUCUGGCAAACUUCAGGCAUUCGGAAAUGAGUGUUCCAUAGAACAGAUGGAACAUGUGCGGGGAAUGCAGGAGAAGCUAGCUCGCUUGAAUUUGGAACUCUAUGGGGAGUUGGAAGAACUUCCUGAAGAUAAAAGAAAACUUGCCAGUGACUCCAAUUUGGAUAGGCUACUAUCAGAUCUGGAAGAACUGAAUUCUUCUAUACAAAAACUUCAUUUAGCAGAUGCACAAGAUAUCCCAAAUACCUCCACCAGCUAAAAGUGUAGGUUUUUUUGAUUUAGAGGCCUCUCCAAGAAGUCAUGUCUUUAUUUUUCCAAUGGAAUCUAGAGUCUUACUUAUUUUCCACAACAAAGAAUUAAAGUGCAAAUGCAAGUGAUUAUUUUCACACAUUCCUGUUAGCAGAUUUGAGCACUGCGAUAUAUCAGGGUUGGAAUCUAUUGCUCUAACUGCAAUGGUGUGCUGCUAUGCUUUGUUUUAUUGCCUUAUUUAAUAUAAAAGUGUUUGUGGAAAACUUGAAAGUACAUGCUCAGUGUUGUUCAUAUGUCUGUUGGAUUUAUAUAUGUACAUAUAAUACGUUCACUAACAUUACUCCAAUUUUGACAAAGAUAGCAGUGAAGAUUUUUUGUAGGUGCCUUCCUGCCUAGUAUGUAGACAAUCUGCACACUCUUUAGUGUGUUUUGUUUGCCAUUAAAUGAGUGCUUAUUAAUUUAUUUAAAAAUAUGCCAAUCGCUAUGUUAAAAAGUGUAGCAUCUGUUUAAUUAUGGUCAGAGAAAGAGCUCUUGUAUGAUCAGAAUUUUUACAGUCAGUUUUUUCUCUUGCUCUGUCAUCCACUUUAAAAUUUCACGCAGUUAGAAUUGGAAUACAUACUGGCAGUCCAUGUCAUUUGGUUUUGGCAAUUUUGAAUUCUCAACAAUACUUAAACAGUGUCACUCCAUAAUAAAUCCAUUCUGCACUA